AUUACUUGAAGGCAAUAAAUAUCCAGCUCCAUAUGGUGCUUUACAACCAGAAACUUUGACUACAUGGCUACAAAUCUAAAAUGGAUCUGGAUGUGAUGAACAUGUUUGCCAUUGCGGCAGGCACAAUGGCCAUCCCUCUCCUGCUUUUCAUGGCUUCUUUUCUACUCUGGCCAUCUUCUCUGAUCAAGGUCUACUACUGGUACUGGAGGAGUACUCUGGGCCUGCAGGUGCGCUAUGCCAACUGUGGAGCGUACCGCUUCUGCUACUCCUACAGGGGCCGGCCGGGCUUCAGGCCCUCCAUCCUCAUGCUUCACGGCUUCUCCGCUCACAAGGACACAUGGCUGCCCUUAAUUAGGUACCUGCCGAAACACCUCCACAUUCUGUGUGUGGACAUGCCGGGUCACGAGGGCACCACCCGCACCAGUAAAGAGGACUACUCCAUUGGAGGCCAAGUCAACAGAAUACGCCAGUUUGUGGAGAGCAUUCGGCUGAACAGGAAACCCUUCCACUUGGUGGGCACGUCGAUGGGCGGUAAUGUGGCAGGGGUGUACGCGGCCACUUUCCCUGCUGAUGUCUGCAGCAUCACUCUCAUCUCUCCAGCUGGUAUCAAGAACCCGUGCGAGACCAAGUUUGACUGUCAGAUGCAGGACCUGGAGGAGAGCCAGUACACGCUGAGCCUCCCACUGGUCCCCAGCACCCCGGAGGAGAUGGAGGACAUGCUGAAGCUCUGCUCACACGUCAGGUUCAAAGUCCCCCAGCAGAUAUUACAAGGACUGGUGGAUGUGAGAACUCCCCACAAUGAAUUUUAUGAGGAGUUGUUUAUGGAGCUUUUGGGGGAAAGCUCAAAAUUUGCCUUACAUGAACAUAUGCAUCUAAUCACGGCUCCUUUACAAGUCAUAUGGGGUAAACAAGACCAGGUUGUGGACGUCUCAGGAGCUGCGGUGAUGGCCGAGACGUUGCCUGACUGUCAGCUGGACCUGCUGGACAGCUGUGGCCAUUCUGUGGUGAUGGAACGGCCGCGUAGGACAGCCAAGCUCAUGCUAGACUUCAUCAUCUCCCAGCAGAACAUCAGAAGUGCCAGCAACAAGAAGAAAUGCUGACUGUGUGGAAAAUUAAGGAAGAAUGACUUUUUUUGUUUUUCUUUUCUUCCUUUUUUUUAGGGACUUUUUUUUUAGCACAAAGCUUUUCAUUUCUCAUGGAUGACAUUUUUAUGUGUAUAUGACGAUAAAGCACCUUGUAAUCUUGUAAUUACCCGUAGUUACCCUGUAGUUAUUUGGAACCCAACCACCCACCCCAA